AUGGAGCCAUCCACUUCUACUAGUGCACCAACAACUAUCACUGUACCAACCACUUCUACUAGUGCACCAACAUCUAGCACUGAACCAACCACUACUACAAGUGCACCAGCAUCUAGCAUUGAACCAACCACUACUACUAGUGCACCAGCAUCUAUCACAGACCCAACCACUACUACUAGUGCACCAACGCAUAUCACUGAACCAACCACUACAACGGAUACAACGUCUACUGUGGUAUCAACUGACACUACAUCAACAGCUGCAACAACAUCUACCGUUGUACCAACUACCAUUACGACUUCAGCUGCAACGAUAUCUACCGCAGUAACAACAACCACUACGACUGAAGCAGCCACGACAUCUACUGCUCUGCCGUCUAGCACUACGACUUUAGAAGCCACAACAUUUACUACUGUACCAACUACAUCUACGACUGCAUCAGAAACAACAUUCACCGCUGUACUAACUACAUUUACGACUGCAGCUGCCACAGCAUCUGACGCUGAACCAACGAGUGCUGCGACUUCCGCGGCCACAAUAUUUACCGUUGUACCAUCUAAUACUUCGACUUCAGCGGCCACAAUAUCCACAGCUUCACCUUCUACUAUAACAACCACCGCAAUCUUAAAAACAUCUUCAGUUGAACCCACAGCUUCAUCUGAAACUAUAACUACGAACAUAACGAUAGCAGAUUGCGGACCCUUGACUGAUCCGGAAAAUGGCCGUGUAAAUUUGACAUCAGGAACGCUUCAUGAUUCAAUUGCAAUGUACACGUGUAAUGAAGGGUUCCAAAUAACGGUUGCGACGAGUCGUUUGUGCCAGUCGAACGGUAACUGGAGCGGAAGUGCCCCAACUUGUGUUUCUACCCCGGGAAUCACCGGAGCGAUUUCAGAUCCCUCCUCUGAUUCCUCGUCUGCUUCAACCUCCAACUUCGCCCUAGGAGUCACGCUGGGCGUGGUGCUGGCGGCCGCAACCAUCUUGGGGGUCGUCUGCCUUAUCCGUCAUCACAAGCGCCGGCGACCAAAUGACGAGGAGGAAAUCGAUGACGAGUAUGAAUCCCCGCGCGUGGCCGAACCAGUAAGCUCUGUGUUCGCCCGUAACAAGACCCUUCGCAUGGCACCCGAUGAUCUGGAGGAAAACCCCAUUUUCAAUCGUAGCAGGAUGAAUUCGGCAAUGUCCAACAACACCGUCCAAUCCGAGGACAACUUAAGCGCUAUAAAUCAGCCGAGGCCGCUUCAAAUUUCGACAUCUCGUUCUAGGCACUUUUCGAACGCGGGAGGAAAUUCACCCGCUGUGCCCAGGUCUGUUCGUACACCUGCAAGUGAGCACACGCUGCUUAAUCUGUCCACGUACGAGCAUGAGGGAGAAUCUAGUACGGAUUUCGAUGAACAGGAUGUAUUUGAAAAUUUACGCGUGCCUGUGCCACCAGCAUUCCAAAAUAAACAAAUUAAUAUGCAAAAAGAGGGGCCCGAACUUGGCGCAGAGGAAACAGAUACAAAUGUUAACAAUGUGCCGGAAGUCCCCGAUGUAAGUGCUGCAUUACUAAAAGCGAGACCGGAUGUUGCAAGGAAACCGACUUUACCCGCAUGGGUGACUGAGCAAAACCAACGUGAAGACACGAUGGUGGAGGACAUUGACGUGCCGCCUUUGCCAGCAAAGUUCAGUCCAAAACAUUCUCAUAUACACGCUUUGGGAAAUCAAGAUACAGCGAAUGUGUCGAAAAAACCCGAUGAGCCUCACAUUCUUGAUAUGACGCCACAACAAAAGAGAAAAACACACAUUAGUAGACACAUUGAAGUGCAGCCGGAUACCGAUAUCCAUUUAACUGAUCUUGAAAACACCGACCAGAGCGACAGUACCCCUAUGCCAAGGUCCCGAUCUGCAAGCAUCAGUUCAAACUUUUUCACGUCAGACGAAACCCUAUCACCGGUAGAGAUCGUCGGACAGGCCAAUGGAAUGACGGGAUUCCCAUCCGGAACAUUCCAGAACAAUGGUUCGUCUGAAAGCUCUUCGUCUACGCUCGGGAUUCCGGCUCGUACAAUCCGCACACCGCAUUCAAUUCGAAUUCCUGAUCAGCCAUACGUGACAGAAGAGAGGCCGCUAGUGAUUCGCAGAGGCGACCUUCCACCGAUUGUGUGGCAGUAUAAUGAUAACUCUUAUAGAGAAAAACAUCCAUCGCCUGUGCGUAAUAAGCCACACCUCUGGUCUAAACCUGCUCGGCCCUUAACAUUUCAAGAUUUGACUCUCGACGUUCGUCGAGAAUCGACGAGAAUUGACGCGGUUCAGUCACGCGGAACCAAUUCUAGUCCCAUGACCGAGGAAGAUAAAGCGCGAAAUGCCAACAAACUGAAACGCUUGAAGAAAUUUAAGGCACUAAAAGAUGCACACAAGAAAAAAGUCGUUAGAAAAUAAUUGUAACGAUGUUCAUAAUGAAAGGAGAUUCGUGGAAUAAUAUUUAAUGUGGGAAUAACUGAAUAAUUUACAAUGACUGUUGAAGAUGAUUAAA